AUGCGUCAAGCAGAUGCAUGUACAAAGGUUGGCAUGAUGAACAAAGAUGAACAGCAAUAUUUCGAUGAGUUUUUUGAAGAAAUUUUCACCGAAGUUAAUGACAAAUAUGGAGAGAUUGAAGAAAUGGAGGUUUGUGAUAACAUCGGUGAACACAUGAUCGGUAACGUAUACGUGAAAUUUGCUAGAGAAGAGGAUGCAGAAAAAUGUGUAAAAGCAUUGGAUAAUAGAUGGUUCAACGGGCAGGCAAUUUACGCUGAAUUGUCACCUGUUACCGACUUCCGAGAAGCAUGUUGCCGGCAGUACGAACUUGGUGGAUGCAAUAAGGUCAGUUUUCGUCAUUUUUGGUUCACUUUUCAGAAAUUUAGACCAAUUUGUUAUUUGUCUGUUCCGGCGUUUGAUAGGUAG